AUGAGUUCCUUCGAGGGGCAGAUGGCCGAGUAUCCAACUAUCUCCAUAGACCGCUUCGACAGGGAGAACCUGAGGGCCCGCGCCUACUUCCUGUCCCACUGCCACAAAGAUCACAUGAAAGGAUUAAGAGCCCCUACCUUGAAAAGAAGGUUGGAGUGCAGCUUGAAGGUUUAUCUAUACUGUUCACCUGUGACUAAGGAGUUGUUGUUAACGAGCCCGAAAUACAGAUUUUGGAAGAAACGAAUUAUACCUAUUGAAAUCGAGACUCCUACCCAGAUAUCUUUAGUGGAUGAAGCAUCAGGAGAGAAGGAAGAGAUUGUCGUGACUCUCUUACCAGCUGGUCACUGCCCGGGAUCAGUUAUGUUUUUAUUUCAGGGCAAUAAUGGAACUGUCCUGUACACAGGAGACUUCAGAUUGGCACAAGGAGAAGCUGCUAGAAUGGAGCUUCUGCAUUCCGGGGGCAGAGUCAAAGACAUCCAGAGUGUAUAUUUAGAUACUACAUUCUGCGAUCCAAGAUUUUACCAAAUUCCAAGUCGGGAAGAGUGUUUAAGUGGAAUCUUAGAGCUGGUUCGAAGCUGGAUCACUCGGAGCCCGUACCAUGUUGUAUGGCUGAACUGCAAAGCAGCUUAUGGCUAUGAAUAUUUGUUCACCAACCUUAGUGAAGAAUUAGGAGUCCAGGUUCAUGUGAAUAAGCUAGACAUGUUUAGGAACAUGCCUGACAUCCUUCAUCAUCUCACGACAGACCGCAACACUCAGAUCCAUGCAUGCCGGCAUCCCAAGGCAGAGGAAUAUUUUCAGUGGAGCAAAUUACCCUGUGGAAUUACUUCCAGAAAUAGAAUUCCACUCCACAUAAUCAGCAUUAAGCCAUCCACCAUGUGGUUUGGAGAAAGAAGCAGAAAAACAAAUGUAAUUGUGAGGACUGGAGAGAGUUCAUACAGAGCUUGCUUUUCUUUUCACUCCUCCUACAGUGAGAUUAAAGAUUUCUUGAGCUACCUCUGUCCUGUGAACGCAUAUCCAAAUGUCAUUCCAGUUGGCACAACUAUGGAUAAAGUUGUCGAAAUCUUAAAGCCUUUAUGCCGGUCUUCCCAAAGUACGGAGCCAAAGUAUAAACCACUGGGAAAACUGAAGAGAGCUAGAACAGUCCACCAAGACUCAGAGGAGGAAGAUGACUAUCUCUUUGAUGAUCCUCUGCCAAUACCUUUAAGGCACAAAGUUCCAUACCUGGAAACUUUUCACCCUGAGGUAUUUUCAAUGACUGCAGUAUCAGAAAAGCAGCCUGAAAAACUGAGACAAACUCCAGGAUGCUGCAGAGUGGACAGUAUGCAGAGCUCUCGUUUCACAAACUUUGUAGAUUGUGAAGAAUCCAACAGUGAAAGUGAAGAAGAAGUAGGAAUCCCAGCUUCACUGCAAGGAGAUAUGGGCUCUGUACUUCAACUGCAAAAGGCUGAUGGGGAUGUACCCCAGUGGGAAGUAUUCUUUAAAAGAAAUGAUGAAAUCACAGAUGAGAGUUUGGAAAACUUCCCUUCCUCCAUAGAGGCAGGGGGAUCUCAGUCACCAAAGCUUUUCAGUGACUCUGAUGGAGAAUCAACUCACAUCUCCUCCCAGAAUUCUUCCCAGUCAACACACAUAACAGAACAAGGAAGUCAAGGCUGGGACAGCCAAUCUGAUACUGUUUUGUUAUCUUCCCAAGAGAGAAACAGUGGGGAUAUUACUUCCUUGGACAAAGUUGACUACAGACCAACAAUCAAAGAGAAUAUUCCUACCUCUGUCAUGGAACAAAAUGUAAUUUGCCCAAAGGAUACUUACUCUGAUUUGAAAAGCAGAGAUCAAGAUGUGACAAUAGUUCCUAGUACUGGAGAACCAACUACUCUAAGCAGUGAGACACGUAUACCCAAGGAAAAAAGUUUGCUAAAUCUUAGCACAAAUGCAGAUUCCCAGAGCUCUUCUGAUUUUGAAGUUCCCUCAACUCCAGAAGCUGAGUUACCUAAACGAGAGCAUUUACAAUAUUUAUAUGAGAAGCUGGCAACUGGUGAAAGUAUAGCAGUCAAAAAAAGAAAAUGCUCACUCUUAGAUACCUAA